UGUGGUAAACUCAGCCGAACGCCUGAAACGGGUUGGCUUUUUUUUUUUUUUUUUUUUUUUAGUGUGUUUAAUAUGAAAGUUUGCGUUCCUGUGCUUUCUAGGCACAUGUGCGCGUUGCCCUGGUUAUGGGCAGGGAAAAUGGGUUUGAGUGCUGUCGUUGCAUUCCUCUGGUACAUUUUUAGUAUCUCCCUCAAGCAGAAGGCUUGUAUAAUCGCGUGUGUCUAUAUAUGCGACAGAGGCUUUCGGUGUACCUGGUGAUGGGUUAACUCGUGUAUGCUGUUGCCGCACCAGCUGGAAGAGGAAUAACGUCUUUUUCCUUUCAAAAAUCUCCUAAGAGCUAGUUGCUAAAACUAGGUAGCUGCCAGAGUAGGUGAAAUGUUCCCACCGCUUGCCUAGUGAAAGAAUGUAUGUCGUUCAGAUGUAAAAUAUACGUGAGUGAACUUUGUGCUGCUACUUAGACCCUUCCAGGACUUCAGGGUGGCCAACCUGUUACCUUUUAUUUAACUGUGAGAUAGAAAAUACUUGUGAUUUGUGUAUUACAGAAGUGCUAAUGGAUCUCAGCUGAAGAAUAAUUGUUAGACUACAGCAUGCAGAUACAUUUUCUCACCCAUGGGGCAUUUCUCUUGCCCUGAGCUAAACUCUGCAUUGAAUGACCCUGUGUGGACAGUAAUGACCGCACGUUUCCGAUUGCCUGCUGGCAGAACCUACAAUGUACGAGCAUCUGAGCUGGCACGAGACAGGCAGCAUACGGAGGUGGUCUGCAACAUUCUUCUCCUGGAUAACACUGUACAAGCUUUCAGAGUUAAUAAACAUGAUCAGGGACAAGUUCUAUUGGAUGUAGUCUUCAAGCAUCUUGAUUUGACAGAGAGAGAUUACUUUGGUUUACAGUUGGCUGAUGAAUCUACUGAUAACCCUAGGUGGUUGGAUGCAAACAAACCAAUCAGGAAACAAUUAAAAAGAGGAUCUCCUCACAGUUUGAACUUCAGAGUUAAGUUUUUUGUAACUGACCCAAACAAGCUCCAAGAAGAAUAUACAAGGUACCAGUAUUUUUUGCAAAUUAAACAGGACAUUCUUACUGGAAGAUUGCCCUGUCCUUAUAAUACUGCUGCUCUUUUGGCUUCCUAUGCUGUUCAAUCCGAGCUGGGAGACUACAACCAUUCAGAAAACUUGCCAGGCUACCUCUCAGACUAUUCUUUCAUCCCUAGCCAGCCUCAAGACUUUGAAAAAGAAAUAGCAAAAUUACAUCAGCAGCACAUAGGGUUGUCUCCUGCAGAAGCAGAGUUCAAUUAUCUCAAUACAGCACGUACCUUAGAACUUUAUGGAGUUGAGUUGCACUAUGCAAGGGAUCAGAGUAACAAUGAAAUAAUGAUUGGAGUGAUGUCAGGUGGAAUACUGAUUUUUAAGAACAGAGUACGAAUUAACACCUUUCAGUGGUUGAAGAUUGUAAAAAUUUCUUUUAAGUGCAAACAGUUUUUUAUUCAACUUAGGAAAGAAUUGCAUGAAUCUAGAGAAACAUUACUGGGAUUCAAUAUGGUGAAUUACCGAGCAUGUAAGAAUCUGUGGAAAGCUUGUGUUGAACAUCACACGUUCUUCCGUUUGGACAGACCGCUCCCCCCUCAGAAGAACUUUUUUGCACAUUAUUUCACUUUGGGUUCCAAGUUCCGGUACUGUGGGAGAACAGAGGUCCAGUCUGUUCAGUAUGGUAAAGAAAGAGCAAACAAAGACAGAGUAUUUGCAAGAAUUCAGAAUAGCCUUCAAACUGUGGUUUGUUGUGACAGAUCCCCCAGUAAACCCUUGGCACGGAAAUUAAUGAGUGGGAUGGACUGGGAAGUAGUGAGUAGGAACUCACUGUCUGAUGAUAGGUUGGAAACACAGAGCCUGCCAUCACGGUCUCCACCUGGAACCCCAAAUCAUCGCAACUCUGCCUUCACUCAAGAAGGAGCCCGGUUACGACCCUCAUCAGUUGGACAUUUAGUGGACCAUGUAGUUCACACUUCCCCAAGUGAAGUAUUUGUAAAUCACAGAUCUCCAUCUUCCACCCAGGCUAAUAGCAUCAUAUUGGAAUCAUCACCAUCUCAAGAGACUCCUAUAGAUGGGCAGCCUCCUGCAUUACCACCCAAACAAUUUAAAAAGAACAGUUGGAACCAAAUUCAUCAUUCACACUCACAGCAAGAACUGGAGAACCAUAUUAAUGAAACAUUUGAUGUUCCUGCAUCACCUGAAAAAUCCACACCCAAUGGUGGUGUCCCCCAUGACAAUCUUGUUAUGAUCAGAAUGAAACCAGAUGAAAACGGAAGGUUUGGAUUCAAUGUAAAGGGUGGAUACGAUCAGAAGAUGCCAGUAAUAGUGUCCAGGGUAGCUCCAGGAACACCUGCUGAUCUCUGUGUCCCUCGUUUGAAUGAAGGGGACCAGGUUGUACUGAUUAAUGGCAGGGAUAUAGCAGAACAUACCCAUGAUCAAGUUGUUAUGUUUAUUAAAGCUAGCUGUGAGAGACACUCAGGGGAACUUGUGCUCCUAGUUCGACCCAAUGCUGUCUAUGAUGUUGUGGAAGAGAAGCUGGAGAGCGAGCCUGACUUCCAGUACAUCCCUGAGAAAUCUCCGCUUGAUGGUGUCCAUCAAGAUGAUAAUGCUCUGAGGGAAUCCAUGAUUCAGCUAGCAGAGGGGCUUAUCACUGGAACUGUUUUGGCUCAGUUUGAUCAAUUGUAUAGGAAAAAGCCUGGAAUGACAAUGUCUUGUGCCAGAUUACCUCAAAACAUUUCCAAAAAUAGAUACAGAGACAUUUCGCCUUAUGAUGCUACACGGGUUAUUUUAAAAAGUAAUGAAGAUUACAUCAAUGCAAAUUAUAUAAAUAUGGAAAUCCCUUCUUCCACAAUAAUAAACCAGUACAUUGCUUGUCAAGGUCCAUUACCGAACACUUGUCCUGAUUUUUGGCAGAUGACUUGGGAACAAGGCUCAUCUAUGGUUGUAAUGUUAACGACUCAAGUUGAACGGGGCAGAGUUAAAUGCCAUCAGUACUGGCCAGAGCCAUCAGGAAGCUCAUCAUAUGGGAAUUUCCAGAUUACCUGCCACUCAGAAGAAGGAAAUCCUGCUUAUGUCUUUCGAGAAAUGACAUUGACUAAUCUGGAGAAAGAGGAAAGCCGCCAACUAACCCAAAUCCAGUAUAUAGCAUGGCCUGAUCAUGGGGUUCCUGAUGAUUCCAGCGAUUUCCUAGAUUUUGUGUGUCUUGUGCGAAAGAAGAGGGCUGGCAGAGAAGAACCUGUUGUUGUUCAUUGCAGUGCUGGAAUUGGACGGACAGGAGUUCUUAUCACUAUGGAGACAGCUAUGUGUCUCAUUGAGUGCAAUCAGCCUGUUUAUCCAUUAGAUAUUGUAAGAACCAUGAGAGAUCAAAGAGCCAUGAUGAUCCAAACACCUAGUCAAUACAGAUUUGUAUGUGAAGCUAUUUUGAAGGUAUAUGAAGAAGGAUUUAUUAAACCUUUACAAGCAUCACUGCAUAAGUAAAGAGCAAAAAACCUAGGAUAUCAAUUGAGGAAUCCUGUCCUCUAUAAUGAACUGGCAGCAUUCUUUGUGCCGUAAUACUGCUUGCAGGAAAUGAUAGUGAAGUACAGCAAAGAAUUGACAAAGGACUUUGAAAACUUCAGCACUGUUGCACUUUACGUUGAAACAAAAUCAGUCUCUGAAACUCUUCUAACCUUCAUCCAUUUGAAGACUUUAUUUUCAUGCUUUGCUCCAAACAAACCAUAAACUGAAAGAACUAAUUGUGUUCAGGGUAAUCUACGAUAUUUCAUGGUAGUGCCAUAUACUGCGCUUCUGGUUGAAUUGCUACAAACAAGGCUUGGAAUUAUUUCACUCUGUUAUACACCCAUGUCUCUUAAAAUGAAAAACAAAUGAAAAAAUACACUAAGCCAUGGUCUUUUUCCAGUGCUAGGUUUAUUUACUAUGUACAGACUCUCACUGUUUUGUUUUUUACAACAUUAGCAAUAUUGCCGAUAAUAGAUAGAUACACACUGCCUACUGAUGCAGCACACUUUGUCCUACACCCUUACUAGAGACCAGCUGGUUGUUAGAGGAAAGCUGGCGUCUGUGUUAACCCAGCAGUAGCUGCAUAGUGCCCACUUACCAGCAUCUUGUACAAAAUAAUAACAAUAAAAAAUUAAAAAAAAAAAAAUAAACAGCAUUUCUUUGACACAGCUUGUGUGUCAUACACUGGUGUAUUCUGAUUCGUGUGACUUAAGAUUACGUGAUGGGAACUAGUGCAUGCAUUAUGUCUUAACCCCUUAAGUGCCUUGAGACUUACAGCGUACAUCCAGUGAAAGGCACUCAUGAUUCUGUGGGGGUGGUAUUGUCCUAUCAUAUUUAUCUUAACGGGUUCAGAUUUUAAAAACGGCCCUUGGUGCUUGGAAUGUGUUACCGCAAGGGGUCAUGGAAAUACCAUUCCCUCUUUCCUUAUACAAGUACCUGCGUGCUACUCCCGGUAGCAAAAGCACCUCUGCCAACUUAAUGAAUGAGCAUUGUAUGCUGCUGUGUUGUAAUUAUGUGAAAAAUCUGACACAUUCCUUCAUUCCUUCCAACUAGUAACUUACUAGCAGCUUACUAUGAAAUGCUGGUAGGUCAUUAGAAGCUGAUACUUUGUUUUAUCCUUUUAUUGACAAUAGCUGUCUUACUUGAUUAGAACAUUAACUCUUUAAUAGCACUGAUAAUGAAGUUGAACUUACAGUCAGAUGUGAUUUAAUUCCAUUAUCUGCUAACAAAUUACUUUUUAAGUCCUCAUAGUUGAUUUCAAGCCAUGUUCGUACAGGUCUGCCUUUUUUUUUUUAUUUUUGUUUGGGUGGGGGAAAGGGAGAAGAACAGUAUGAAGUUGUCCCAGAACUUUAUUUUAAUUCCAUGAUGACUCCAGUCACCUUCUGUUUUGCUUGUGCAAAAAUUGUUCCAGUUGGUAUGGGUUGCUUCUUAUUUAAGUAGGUAGAAGAUUUGUAGGAAAUGUCUGUCUGAUACAGUAUCUGAGCUCAUUCUAAAGAUACAUAAAUGUCCCAGUUUUUUAAUAUUUUUCCAGUAUAGGAGAAACCAAGUCAGAAGUAAGAUAUCCAGUGUAAUAUACUGUAAGAAAAAAAAUCAGUCACUUCUUUGACUGCCCUGUGACAACAUAACUUUGUGCCCUCUAUUUAAAAGUUUUAAUUUAUUGUAUUGGUUUCCUGAAAACGUUUAUCCAGUAAAUUUUGUUGUAAGCUAUAUAGAGCAUAGAAUUAAAAUGGAAAGUUCUACGCUAAAUAAUUUUUAACUAUUGAAGAAUUAUAUUAUAUAAUAUACUGUGUUCUAUGGACAUUUGAAAGAGAUCAGCUAUGAACUAUUAAGUGAAAAGGGAUUCAGGCAAAGUGAAAUCCUGGCUUGUGACUUAGUAAUAAACGUGAACCACAAUGCCAAAUGGAAGAUAGAGUUUUAAAUAUUUUUAGAAAGCAAAAUAAUAUUAGGUGGCCUGUGGCCCUGUUACUUAUAUUUCUAGAUUUGAUGUUUAAAUCAAUAUUAUCCCUCAGUGAAAAAUGAAUCUUACAAGAAUCUCUGAAUCUGAUAAACUGAAAAAAGAGUAAUAAGGUAGCUUUAAUCUCAGUUUUAUUUUAAGCCAUUUGCAACAAGAAAAUUCUUCCUUAGGAAAGUAUAAGCUUUAACUUACAUGUGAGACGAGAUUAUUAGCUGAGAUGCUGGCUAGUUGGAAGGUUAUUUUAAACUCAGCACUUAAUGUCUAAAAAUUAAAAUAAUUCAUCCAUUAUAUUGAAAUAAAUUUUCUUCGUAGCCAACUUGUAAAUGAAAAUAGCAUUUACCCUUUUUUUCUGAGGGAAAUCAGAAAUGGGGUUUAUAACAACAUUAUAUAGUGUUGGUAUGUCAUAUAUUUAAAUAUUCUUAUGUAAAGUUGCCAAAGCAGUUUGAGUUCAAAAGACCCAUUUAUACCACAAUUAAGUGUGGGAUAUUUAUUGGUCAUCUGUCAUUACUGUUUUGAUUACAAACACAGGCAAGAAUAAUAGGUCUCUUCAAAAUCUUCCUCUGCACUGACUUAAGCUGAUUUAUAUUGUAUUAACUAGUUGCACUGGGAAAAAAAAUGGAACAAAGUAACUAUUCUUAGAAAAUUGGCCAUCAGCAACUCAGUGGCUUUUUGGCUUCUCCAAAGCCAGGAUAGUGGUAACCAAAAACUGAUUGGGAAGGAGAAUAGGAGAAUAGCAUUGAAGCCUUUCUGCACCGUAAGUCAUUCGUUCCAAUGUUUCUACCUGUUGUGGUAUAAAUGGCCUUUAAAAUAUUUUUAUAUGGCCAAAAAAAAGCAAAACUGCUAAAUAUUUUACUUUGGGUUAUGAAGAUCUGUAUCAUCCUUAAGACUUUUUUAAAGAAGUUUUUGUAUGUUUCAUGCUGUACAAAACAUGAAUGUAUCUUUCGGACAUAAUGACCUAUAGACCUAUACAUGAUUGGUGUUAUGACUGUUGGAUUUUAUGAAUAAUUAUUUUCAUACCAUUUGAUUAGGAAAAACGUUGGGUGGGUGUGGGAAGGAGUAUGUUUGUAACACUUCCAUGAUACAAAUCCAGUUUAAAAAAAAAAAAAAAGUUUUCAUUGUAAAUAAGAGCAAUAUUAUGACAAUUUUGUGCCAAUGUAUAAUGUUAAGACUUGUGUUUUCCUUUUAGGUUCAGAUUGAAAACUACCACUACCAUCUCUUUUUUUAAAGUGGAUUUGAAGGGGGUUUUUCAGUAGAAAGACACGGGGCUCUAGCAGGGGCUUUGAGUGUUUUGGGGGCAUUUUUUACUUUUGCUAAAUAUGAAAUAAGAUGCAGGUAUUGUUUUAAUAAACUACCUACAGAUUGUCAGCCAAUCCACUUUGAGAAAUACUGCUUUAGAUAUAUCAGGUAACUGAGAGCUGAAGAAUUCAUUUAUCCUGAAUUUGGAAGCAUUUGGUAUUUUAAAUAACUUGCAAAUCUUAAGCAGUAAAAUACUGCUUUUAUGCAUUUCAUUUUUAUAUUUUCUCUCCCAGUUAUGAAAAAGAGAAAGCCUGAUUUUUUUUUUUCUCACUACAUUUAAUGCUCGCUGACAGUUCUUCCACAUUUCUCUGUUAAAUCUUAAAAGCUUAUGUCCCAUAUAGAUAAAGCAAUAACACUUCUUCUAGAAUAUCUGAUUACAGUCUGGCACACCAUCUAUUAGAGAAAGGGUGAGAAAGCAGUUGGGAGAUUAAGGAACAUGAGGAGUUUGUUAUGGAACCCGUGUAGCCGUCAACUUCCCAUGGAGACCUUCCAAAAAAGCUUCGUGCUACCCGUGGAAGGGCCAAAAUGCAGUGGACCUGCUGUGGUUGCACUGCCCAGGGAGACGGGAAGUAGGGGAAGUCUGGCAUACAGAUGCUGGAGCCCCAGGUAUGCUGUGGAGCUGAAUUAUGUGACAUUUUUAUGCUUCUGCAGUGUGUGUGCAGGUGUGUGGGCGAUGUUUGAUGGCUCAGGGAAUUAGCAUGAGCAUGAAAAACUCUACAGAUCCACCAAUUUCCAAGUGAAAGCAGGUUGUCCAGUAUGUAUGCUGUAGUUUUGACUGUAGAGCUACUCUGCAGGCAAUCUUCAAGACCCUCAGCCCUGAGGUUAAAGGGAGGGAUUGGGUUAUGGUCCAAAUUAAAGUUUUGCAGAUUUGGACUUCCACAAAGUACAGGAAUGGUGCCCUCUAAUGUCACUUGUAGUCUUUCUGUAGCUCAAAUCUUAGGUCCCUGGUUGGCUGGGUGUAUUUGCUAAUUUAAGUACCCACCUUUUGUCUUGAGACUGGAAAAGCCCUUUUCCUUUGCUACUUUUAGUGCUAGGAUCCAAUAUCAAAAUCUGGUAAAAACAUAUUCAUUGAUUAGACGUGGAUCUUGCAUGAAAUUGCAGGGAUUAUAAUUAGUGGUGAUUGGGAAGCUGUUGUAAGGAGAAAAUGGUUUGUUUGUUUCAGUGUAACUGUUCUGUCCAGUCUCUGUUAUCCCACUGCAGUUAUAAAUGGAAACUGAUUUUUUUUUUUUUUUUUUUGGUUUAGCAGUCUGCAAAGGAGGCCAGUUUGUUAUCACUGGAUUUUACCUCUGUGCUGGUUGCUACCACGACUGUGCAUCUUUUCAGUUUGUAGGGCUUCUCCAGCUACAGGUUUUUAACUGGUACAUAAGCUGUAAACUCCGGCUGUUGGCUUUGGCAUGUUUUGCUUGUUGAGAGCUCAAUUGUCAAAAUUUGAGUUAAAUCACUUUUUUAAAAAAAUGCGAAAUUUUCAAUUAAAAAAAAUUUGGACUUUUUGAUUUCUUUGAACCAGUAGCCUCAUUUAAAAAAAAAAAAAAGCCAGUAAAAUAUCUAUCAUUCUAGUCUGCUAUAGCAUGAACUAUGGUUUCACAGACUGGCUGACAGUUUGUUGGUUGUGUUAUUUCGUAUUUAGCAAGCUUACACAUUUUAAAGGAUAGGUUUUUUUCAAAGUGUUUUGAUGUUUGAAUAGUAGCACUUUAUCUCAUGCUUACUACUGACUGAACUAUUGGGCAAAAUAAAUGGGGUUUGGAGAGAGAUGCUUAAUGGGUUUCUGUACAGAGAUGAUUCAGAUUACACCCUGGUACAAAUGCUUUCUAUUGUUCCAACCAUUUCUGGUUUAUUGUUCAUGUGUUUCUGAGGGACUUGCAGAAAAUAGAUAUUAAUAAGAUAUUAAUAAUUCUAUCAUCUCAAUUUUCCUGUCUUAAAAAGAAUACAAAGCUUGCAUUUGAAAAAAAAAAAAGAAAAAAAAAGGUGCAAAUAGAAACUACAGGGUACUUGUAAAUUUAUCUCUGUGAUCUCUCUCGGCUAGCUGCAAAUUAGCUAUGUUUACUGUAAAUGUUUCUGCUAAGCAUUAAUUUUAACAUUAGAUCAAUUACCUGGAAAUCAGUAUUUUUUUUUUUACUUAACUUAUUUGAAUUUUGAUAACUAAAGAUAAUGCACAGCAAAGUUUAAAGAAGUUGUCACCCUUUUACUCCUAGGCCAGGGGCCUAAGACAUGAGUGAAAGGGUAAAACAGUUUACAUUAAGCUGUUGUUUUCUUUAACUAGAAUAUAUCCACAAAGACUAGACUGUAAACGAUCCAGUGCAAUUAUCUCAGUACAUUGGGGCACCACAGUAACAACCCAUAAUAAUCUUGCAGGAAAAUUAAGGUAAGAAAAUGAAGGUUUUAUUUUAUCCAGUGUAUCCAGAUUUGUUUUCCAUUUGGUUUGGUUCAUUUACCAGUGAUCCCAUUUUAACCAGUCAAUUUGGCAGGGCUGUUUGUGUAAGGUGUGGGCUUUUUUCUGUAACAGGUGCUAUACUAUAUGUAAAUACAAAGGGAAGAACUUUUAGAUCAUUAUUAACAAUCAGAUGGUGGCAAUAUUUUUUGCUAGUUACUACUGGUAAUUAAUUUGCAUUUCCAGCCGUGGCUUUCUGUUGUCAAAUUUUGUCUCAGUUUCAUACUGCUGAGUGAUGGACUGCAAGUGUGAAGUAAAUCAUCUCAGAGUUGAAUAGCUCUUUUGUUGUUUAGAUUAACUCUUGUUUAUCUUUAUUAAUGUUGAGGGGGGUGGGAAGGUUCUUCUCAUAAGUAGACUUUUGCCUAUAAAUUUAUUUAAAAGCACAUGAGGGGGAGAAAAACAAACAAACAAACAAACAAACAAAACCUAAAUGCAACAUCUUGGCUAAAGAGCCAGGGUGGUUGAUUGAAAAUGAUGGAAACUUGAAAUUGGUCAACACUGGACAAUAUGAAGAUAAAUUCAGCUUUUGUCACUGCAGCUACUGUAUGCUUUAAAGGGCCUUAUGUAUUUGUCCUCAUUUUGAUAAAAUGAAAUUUCUUGCCAUUAAAAUGAUACACUAACUUCUACCGAAAACCAGCAGUUCCCAGGAUAAAUAUGCUAAUUAACAUUUAACAAGUCUUGUUUUAGUCUUAAGUAAAAUUUCUUUCUAUUAUGUGAAAAAAUGCUGUUAUGCAUAUUUUGUGGAUAUAUUUAAUUUGAGUUGACAAAUAGUUGUCUAGGUACAGACUUGAAAAUAUAUAUAGUUUACUUGUGGAUCUUAAUUGUUUAAUUGCAAAAUAAAGAUGUGCUUUAGUAAUUUAA